GCCUUCAUAAGACUGAACUUGCUUCCCCGCAAACUGUUUCCCAAAGAGGAAAGGCAAAUUGAGCAAAAUAUACAACGAAGUACGAGAAAAGCUUCCGCUUUACUUCGUCUUCUUCACUUCGAGGAUGCAGCAGGAGCAAGAAACGAGCUCCAGAUCAUCCAGCUCUGGCUUGCGCGUGGAAAUCAAAGAAGGGAUGGAGAGCGACGAGGAAAUCAGGAGAGUGCCGGACUUUGUGGCCGGCGAGCAGACGGGACUGUCUGGCCGCGCGCGCGCCUGCGGAGGCGCCCCCCCCGCCGGUCCGUCGGUGGCUAGUCAGAGGAAGAGGGGAAGGAGUCCGGCGGAAAAGGAGCACAGGAGGUUGAAGAGGUUGCUGAGAAAUAGGGUAUCGGCGCAGCAGGCGAGGGAGAGGAAGAAGGCGUAUUUAAGCGAUUUGGAAGAGAAGGUGAAGGAAUUGGAGAGGAAGAACAUGGAGUUGGAGGAGAGGCUAUCCACGGUUCAAAAUGAGAACCAGAUGCUUAGACAGAUUUUGAAAAACACAACCGUGAAUAGAAAGGGGUCCACCAGUUCUUCGAUUGGAGAAAGCCUUUCAUGAUCGAUGGGAAAGUUUGUGGGCAGAAGCCAACAUUUAAUUUAAUUUUUUUUUUUUUAAAUUGCUCUCGUGUUUCGCUUAGAUCACAAACUUCACCUUCUUUUGUGGAUGUAAUUAGAAGCAAUAAAGAUGCUUACAAGAAUAUUAUGCUUUUGCACGUCUAUAUGGGGAAAUGUUAGAAGUAGAUAU